GAAAGCCCGUACCUCAGAGUUCACUUAAAUCGUUGGGCAGAGGUCCGUCGAGAAUGGCGGGCUUUAGUACAGGAUAGUGGACAAAAAGGCCUACAUCAAAAUUUCACUAGCUGUGACGGAGAGAAUUAAGAUGAGACCAGUGUCAGCCGUAGUCAACAGGCACCAAAAGUCACCGGACGUAAGCAUUUCUCUGACUUGCAGUCUAGUCACUGCCAUUUUUUUCACCAACAACCACUGCACAAGCGCAGAACGGCCGAAUACCAACUUCCAAGGGUGUCAAAUAUUUCCAUGAAACAAUUUAACCCGCAUUGAACUCCGGACCCGCACUGCUGUCAACGAGAGCUUCUACUCGCUUCCUCGCCCCCACACACAACCAGCGUGUGUCCAUUCUGUACUACCUAGGUAUCUACCAGACAUCUCAUCCCCGCAUUCGAAGACUCGGGUACACAAUGGUCGAGAACAAGGGUUUGUCUCUCGAAAUUCUUCGGGGUCGAAACCCACCGUCCCCAGCACGUCACACGGACUCGCCCAGUUUGGUUCCCCCGCCGCGCAAAAGCACGCCCAGGGAGACUGCCGCGGCUGCUGCGGCGAGUGCUAUCAAUGGAUAUGUCCGAGCCCUUGAAGAGGAGGAUCCAAAGAUGGUCGCAGCUCGUACUGCCCAAGCCAUAGCUGUCGCUGCCUCCACCUCACGUACUCGUGCUGGAUAUGUUGCGGCCGCCACUGCUGUCGAGAGCAUCGCGCUUCUUCACGUUGAAGAUUGCCGCAUUAGGGCCCAACAUGGACAGGUUGGUAUGCGCACGAAGCAUGCGAUCAACGUUGCUGUUGACGCUGCCCUGGCUGCCAAUGAUUACAGUACGGCUGCCCCACCUCCCACAUUCGACGUUCGCGACGCCGACUUGCAUACCUUGGAGGGAUCGCAGCUGCCGCCGCUGUCUCGACGGCCGAGGGGGCAAAUGCGAGUGCCAGAAUGGCAGAUAUGGAAAGAUUUCAUAGGAGGCAUCGCCCUAGCCUUUGAAUUUGGGUACCUGAUUCCCUUUGCGUAUGGGUCAGGCGCCGAACGGGCGUUCCUGUCUGGCACGGCCGUGGCGGCCUUCUUCGGCUUCAUCUUGUUCCGGGCGGGCUUCUUCAACGACUGGGAGGAAUAGCAUCAUUGUUGGCCUCGUGAAGGGGCCAAGUUUGAAACAGUCAGGAGGUGAUUGCGACCGCGUGAGAGAGUAUGGCACAUGUCCUUUUUUCAUUAUAGAAUUUCUGGUCGUGCUUCUGGAAACAGGCAUGUUCACGGCCCGGGAGCUUUUUCAACAUCACACAUCGUCAGUUGGCCCGGCCUUUGAUACCCGGUUCCACUAUUCAAGUAAGAGCGAGACUGCAUUGGAUAAAGAAGUGAUCAGUUAUCUAGACACUGUGUUAGAAGAUGGUGAAAAGGAGUAUGUACAUAGAUGAGCUUAGUCUCAG